AUGGAGGAGAAAACCAAUUUUUAAAUUAACUAUAAUUCUUACUUGUUUUAGAUAGAACUUCUUGAUGAUAACAAGAUUAACAUUUCUGCUUCUAAUUCUAUUGAAGGUGAACUUUAUGAACUCUUCAACCACAAGUUAGAAAAAAUUCAAUCUAAAUGUAUUAUCCCUGCAUUGGAAGAAAAAGCCCCAUAAACUUUAUUAGCAAAGAUAACUUACGGCUAAAACCACUCUUUGAUAUUAGAAAUUAUAGUCAAGUAUGAUUUUAUCCCUGAAAUGAGAGAAACCAUUGAAAUUAACAGAAAAGAAGUCGACAACGAUGAAAAAUUAAAGCUACUUUUGAAGUAAUCAUAAAAAAACCUUUAUGAUUUGUAAGUUAAGUUGGAGGAGACAAAAUCAGGCAAGAAGUUAGCUCACCACAAGGAUGUCUAGUAGUAUAAAAACUAAGCAACUCUCUUAAAGCUAGAUCUUGCUCCUGGUGAUUAUGAAGUUACUUUCAAUUUCUUUGUCAAAUCAGAUACAAAUAAUGUUGACGUCCAGUUCUACAUAGAUAACAAACCUACAGAUGCAGUCCCCAAUAAUGGAUUUUACUUUAAUAAAGCUUAAGGAAACAAUUUUUACCCAUUUACCCUUAAGGCAGUGGUAUAGCUUGAUAAGAAAUCAAUAGUUUCUGUUCAAACUUUAGGUAAAAAUAAACUUGAAACUAAAGAAAUGGUUCUUUUAGCUGAAAAAAUUACAAAAUUAUCCAAGUAAGACUGA